UGGCAUCAGCAAUCAGCUGUUACCUUGAAAAGUAGAGACGGAGACGCUGACCGAGUGAGCCGAGGUAGCUCCCCAGCGGAAGCACCAAGAGCGGAUCCAUGGAGUUAAGCAUGGAGCCGGCGCUCCCCUGUGCCAAAGGCACGGCCGUGGCCGUGAACCUGCUGCUGGCAACAAGCGAGGCCAAGAGACAGCUCCGCCUCGCCGGGCCGCUGAUCGUGGGAUGCCUCCUGCAGAGCGUCAUCCAGAUGAUCUCCGUCAUGUUCGUCGGGCACCUGGGCGAGCUCGCGCUGGCCAGCGCCUCCAUGGCCAGCUCAUUCGCCAUCGUCACCGGCUUCAGCUUCCUGACCGGCAUGUCGUUCGCCCUGGACACCCUGUGCGGGCAGGCCUUCGGGGCGAGCGAGCACCACAUGCUGGGAGUGUACAAGCAGAGGGCGAUGCUGGUGCUGGGCCUGGCGAGCCUGCCGAUCGCCGCGGUGUGGGCCAACACCGGCGCCAUCCUGCUGCACCUGGGGCAGGACCCGGAGAUCGCCGCGGGGGCGGGGACGUACAUCCGGUGGAUGAUCCCGGCGCUCUUCUUCUACGGGUGGCUGCAGUGCCACGUCCGGUUCCUGCAGGCGCAGAAGCUGGUGGUGCCGGUGAUGCUCAGCUCCGGCGCCACCGCGGUGAGCCACGUGCUGGUGUGCUGGGCGCUGGUGUACAGGCUGCGGCUGGGGAUCAGAGGUGCCGCGCUGGCCAACGCCGUGUCCUACCUCACCAACGUCUCCAUACUGGCCGUCUACGUCAGGGUCUCGCCGUCGUGCAACAAGAGCUGGACGGGGUUCUCUUUCGAGGCAUUCCACGGCCUCAUCCCCUUCUUGAAGCUCGCCGUGCCAUCCGCACUCAUGGUCUGCAUGGAGUGGUGGUCGUUCGAGGUGAUGGUGAUACUGUCCGGCCUUCUCCCCAACCCCAAGCUCGAGACAGCCGUCCUCUCCAUCUGCUUGAACACCAACUCCUUGGUGUGCACGGUCCCGAAUGGGCUCUCUUCGGCCAUAAGCACGCGCGUGUCCAACGAGCUCGGGGCGGGGCGGCCACGGGCGGCGCUUCUGGCGGCCCGCGUGGUGAUCGUGCUGGCUUUUCUGGUGGGCACGUCGGAAGGGCUCCUCCUGGUUCUGGUGCACAAAGUGUGGGGCCGUGCAUACAGCAAGGACCAGGAGGUGGUCUCCUACGUCGGCACCAUGAUGCUCAUCCUCGCCGUCUCCGUCCUCUUCGACGGCCUCCAGUACGUCCUCUCAGGUAUAGUUCGGGGCUGUGGACAACAGAAGAUUGGCGCUUUUGUUAAUUUCAUUGCGUAUUAUCUAGUUGGUAUCCCUGCAGCACUAGUUUUCACCUUCAAGUGCCAUCUUGGUGGAAAGGGGCUUUGGUUGGGAAUAUUGAGCGGAUUGGUGACACAGACGUUGUUGCUUCUUUUCAUUUCCUUUGGCAACACUGAUUGGGAUAAACAAGCAAUGAAUGCAAAGGAUAGAAUUUUGACGUCGCCGCCUGUGGAGCCAUGAUCAAUGACAUCGCUUAACAUUGGAGAGACUCUCCGUGCAUCAUGCCAGUAUGCUACUUAAACAAUGUCUCAAAAUUGUCACUUUUAGAAAAUAGAGG